CAGUGAUGACAUUGGUUAAUAACUAUUUAUCAAGUCUCAAGUUGUUUUUUAUUAAGUUGAUUAUUAUUUACAAUUAGAUUUUUACUUUAUGAAUUUAAAGGCAUUAUUGAUGAAAUUAAGUUAGAAAAAAUUGUUGCAUAGCCCCAACAAUAUGUGGAAACUUUUACAAAAGGAUCCUUCCUUUUUUAUAAUGUUCUCUUCGAGCAACGACUAUGAAGUUUUAGUCACGAAUUAUAUUACAUUAUGGAUUUCAAAUUUCAAUAAAACUAGUUUUUUGGCUAACUUAAAGAAUAGUAACGAACUGGAGAUAGAGGACAAUUCUUUUAUUGAAAAAGGUCUCCAAAUGUUAUCAGACACAAGUACUUUAAAAAGUAUACAAAUAAAUCAUGAAGGAACCACAUUAAUUCUAAAUAUGGUUAAAUCUUUUGGAUAUUCUGUGAAAUUGAAUCUUAGGCUCAAAGAGGCCUCAAAAGAAUUGUUUUUCCAGAAAAUAACACAACCUUUGUUGGAAAUAAUUGAUGAUUUGAAAAAAAGUGAAAAUAAAUUAAGAUAUUGGCUUAAGAAGAAAGAACAUUUAAGAGGGAAAUAUGAUGACGAGAACCAUAUGAAAAAUCAUCAAAAGUAUGAAGAUACUUUUGGUGAUUUCCAGGUACCUGAAUGUUUGCUACAGAAAAUAUGCAGUAUACCACAUACAAAUAACAUUAUAAAAGAAGAAAACGAAGGUAUUAGAGGAAAUCAACUUAAUGCCAAUAUAAAAUCAGAACCCGACAGUCAAUCCAAUUCACAAAGUCUGUCAAUAACAAAUACUAUUAAUGUAAAAAAGGAGAUCAUAAAAACUGAAACAGAUGCUAGUCAUAACACAAAAAGAAAAAGAAAAAAUUUGGAUUUUUUAUAAGUAGGAAUUUAUGAAAUAUUAUCUUACAUAAUGACAAUAAAUAUAUGAAAUACGUUACAUAUUUUAAGGUGAUCAUAAGGUUGAAGGUGAUUUUAAGGUGAUUUAUAUUUAUGUAGGUAUCUUUAAAGUUGAUGAUUUCCAUGGGCAUCACUAAAUA